AUGGACCUUGCGCUGAUCAUGAUCGGGGUUUUGGCGCUGGAGAUCGUUCCUCGAGUCGCGGGCCCGGGAGUGGAGGCCGAAAGCUUCUACUCGGUGCUGGUGGUGCGAGGCUUUCGUUUGUUCAGGUUAGUGAGAGCACUUCGCAUGCUCCGGCACUUCAAGCUGAUUUGGAGACUGGUUUAUGGUAUGUUGGCUGCCGGACAGACCAUCAUCUCGACAACAGCGCUGAUCGCGAUUUUCUUAUUUAUUUUCUCAUGUGUUGCGGUGGAGCUCAUCUCAAAAGACAGGAACCUGACGGAGCUGGAGCCGACCAGAGACAUCGUGAGAGACUAUUUCUCUGGCCUGAAUAAGACAUUCUUGACACUGAUACAGUUUGUGACCCUAGAUUCCAUCGCAGAAGUCUACUAUCCGCUCAUCAUGAACAAGCCUUGGCUCACUUUCUACUUCAUGCCGCUCUUGAUCUUCCUUUCAGUGGGCCUGAUGAACCUGGUGACUGCUGCCUUGGUCGAAAAUGCGAUGGAAACGGCGGCUCACGAAGCGGAAGAAGAGCGUCAGAAGCUGAAGAAAAGGGUGCAGAGCGCACUGCCAUCCCUGAUCGAGAUUUUUCAUGAGCUGGACAAAGAUCGGAGCGGCCUGCUGACACGCGAAGAGGUGGAGAACGUGCCGUUAAGCGUAUUGCCUCCCCGGGUCUUGGACACGAUCUAUGCAGACAGCAUGGCCGACAUCUUUGAUUACUUGGAUGUGGAUGGCACGAAAGAACUCACGCAGAUCGAAUUCGUUGAGGGCUUGCUGAACCUGUGCCUGAUGGAUACACCCAUCUCGACGCUCCAGUCCCUCAAACUCUUGCAGCUGAUUCGUUCGGUCGUGGGCCAGGUGGAAACUGAGAUGUCCACUCUCAGGCGAGAGAUGCAAAAGCUGCGGACCUUCAUGACCACGGUCAGCAUGUGA